AGCAGCUAGAGGAAGACAAGGGGAAGGAUGCCGGCCGCGGCUGGGGACGGGCUCUUGAGCGAGCCGCCCGCGCCAGGCUCGGGUCUGGGAGGAGGAGAAGACGGCGGCGGGGAAGACGCGAAGCCUCCUCUGGCCUCGGCGGGAAGUUUCCUCCCAGCUUGGGUGAGCGCGGUGUCCAGGGAGCAGCUCCGUGACUUCCAGCACAACAAACGGGUCGGCAACUACCUCAUCGGCAGCAGGAAGCUGGGGGAAGGCUCCUUCGCCAAAGUGAGAGAGGGACUGCAUGUGCUGACCGGAGAAAAGGUGGCAGUGAAAAUUAUUGACAAGAAGAGAGCCAAAAAGGACACUUAUGUCACAAAAAACCUAAGACGAGAGGGGCAGAUCCAGCAAAUGAUCCGGCACCCCAACAUCACUCAACUACUUGAUAUCUUAGAGACAGAAAAUAGCUAUUACCUGGUAAUGGAGCUGUGUCCUGGUGGCAACCUGAUGCACAAAAUAUAUGAGAAAAAAAGACUGGAGGAGCACGAAACUCGCAGAUACAUCAGGCAGCUUAUCUUAGCAGUAGAGCAUCUUCAUCGGGCAGGAGUAGUCCACAGAGACUUGAAGAUAGAAAAUUUGCUGCUAGAUGAAGACAACAAUAUCAAGCUGAUUGACUUUGGCUUGAGCAACUAUGCAGGCAUCUUGGGUUACUCAGAUCCUUUCAGUACCCAGUGUGGCAGCCCAGCUUAUGCAGCUCCAGAACUUCUUGCCAGGAAAAAAUAUGGCUCCAAAAUAGAUGUCUGGUCCAUAGGUGUGAAUAUGUUUGCUAUGUUAACUGGAACACUGCCUUUCACCGUGGAGCCCUUCAGUCUGAGAGCUUUAUACCAAAAGAUGGUGGACAAAGAAAUGAACCCCCUCCCUACUCAACUCUCUCCCGCAGCCACAAACUUCCUAAGAUCUCUACUAGAACCAGAUCCUGCAAAGAGACCGAACAUUCAGCAAGCACUGGCAAAUCGUUGGCUUAAUGAGAAUUGUCCCGGGAAAGCUCCAUAUAACAUCACAUAUCCAAACAGGAUUCACCUAGAAGACUUGAGCCAAAGUGUGGUACUUCACAUGACUGAAAAGCUCGGGUACAAAAAUAGCGAUGUGAUCAACAGUUUGUCCAACAGGGCUUGCCACAUCCUUGCCAUCUACUUCCUGCUAAACAAGAAACUUGAACGCUAUUUGUCAGGCCUUAGAAAAUCGAACAUUCAGGACAACAUUUUCUACAAGAACCAGCUCUAUCAGAUAGAAAAAUACAACGUGAAUAAAGAAUCUUGUGAGGACAAAAAGCUUAAAGAGCAAGAGAAGAAAGGGGAUUUUCUUCAUCGACCAUUUCCAAAAACACUAGAUAAAAACCUGACUUCAUACAAGCAGCCAUCUGCUUGUCUCAUCACACAGAUUCAAAACACCAAGGCCAGAAAGGACCAGAAAGCUACCAAGCCUACUUUCCCAGAAAAAGAUUCAUUUCGUGGCCUUAGCCCCUUCCACGAAGCUGCUGUAGGAGCCAAGACUGGGUGUAUUGCUUCUUGUUCCUUGGAAUAUCUAGAAAUUCAGCAUCCCAGGACCCCAAGAAUUAUGAAGAAGCAGGAGCUUCAUCAGCAAGAACCUGCAAGCAUGGGGAUCCAGUCAAAGGAAGCUCAUUUAAUCCUAGAUGUUGUGCGGUCUUUUGAAUCUGUUGAUCGAGAGGACCAAAUAGAACUGCUCUCUCCAACUCAUCACUAUAGGAUUUUGAGUUCACCAGUGAACAUUUUACGAAGAAACUCUAAUGAGAGGACAUUAUCCCCAGUCUUACCACUGGGGAGCAUCUCCCCUAGCAAAGCUCCCACUCAUUCUACUCCAGUCUCUUUUGCCUGUGAAGAAAAAAAUAGCCCUUCAAGGGAAGAGGGUAUGUGUUCCCCUCCAGCAGUUCCUCCUAAUGGCACCACACAUCCUCUGGGGAGUCCAAAUUGUGUGAAAAGUAGAGGCAGGUUUCCCAUGAUGGGAGUUGGACAAAUGUUGAGAAAGAGAAAUCAGACUAUUCAGUCCUCUGCUGACAAGCCUUUGGAGACCCGGCUGCCUCCACUACAUCAGAUUAAUCCAGGAAACAUUUCAUUUGAUACCAAUGACAGCGUGAAAGGCCAAUGUUAAUUUAGGUCAUCAGAGUUCUAGUGUCUUAGGAUUUGAACAUUUCACCACAAAGGGAAAGUAUUGUUACAUAACUCUGCAUAUCUGCCAGAGUGUUAUGUCUGGGGAAUCUUGUAUUGAUUGUCUUUUACAGGCUUAUUUUAUGAGAUGAGAGAUAGAUAAGCUCUUGAUAUAUUUUGUGUUUAAAAAAAAAAACAACAGUUGAAGUUCAUCCAUGUUUCUGAAGCCUAUACAGAAAAGCAUAUUGGGGGAGGGGGAGGAAUUUGAUAUAUCAUUCAACCCCUCUUCCUUCAUCACCAUCCCCUUUGGAGUAAGAACUUUUAUGUAUUGACAGUCUAUGUGUAUCAGAUUAACCAGAUAAUUGUUAGGUUUCUCCUUAAUUUUGUCUCAUGUAGACACUGCCAACAUCUCUGUGUUUCUGAGUGGAAUCUUCUCAUUCUACUAUAUGUCAUAAUCAUGUGUAAACAGCUAUAUCAAAAAAGCAUUCAGUUGGCAGAAAAGUUUGAUUCACAAAAGCUUUCUAUUUUUAGCGAAGUAGUCCUUGAUUUUGCAAUGGAGUGACUCCAUUACAAUGUCAUGGAAUUCCAGUAAGCUAAGAACUAGAGUUCAUUGCUCUGGUUUGUUGACACAGGAUAUCACAAUUAAGAGAUACAGGCAACCUUGAUGCACUGUUGAGCCACAGACGCAAGACAGAGCCACCUCCCCAGAGAAAGGGCUGUUGGACUGAGAAUGAACUGAAUUUCAAGAAUUAAGAUGGGAAAGAAGACAGGAACUCUGCUCUCUAGAGCAAGGUUUUGCCAAAGGUUUCUGUUGUUGUUUGGUUUGAGGUGUUUGACCCUCCUCCCAUCCUUACCUGAAACUAGUUAAUGGGUGAAUCAUUUCUUUUUCUUUUAAAAAUUUUUAUUACGAAAUUCAUAUCAACAAACAUAGACAAAGAACAGAAGACGACUGUAUAUGUAACUAUGAACUUCUGUUAGUACAGUUUGUGUUUUAAGUUUAACAUGGUAGUGACAAAAAUGUCCUAUUUGUGCCCCUUUUUGAAAUUCCUUCUGCUCUUAUGUGUAUUUUUUAAUGUCUUGCUGUUAGUCCAUUCUUUUUUUUUCCUUCCUAUCACUAUUCACUGAUCCUCUCCCCACCUCAGCUUCCAAAAUAGCAAACCACUCUUUCACAAAGGAAAUUUUCAUCAUGAGAUACUGAACACAAAUAGCAUAACUAUUUUAGAAGUUGUUUGGUAAGCUAAAAAAUGAUUCUACUAAGCUCAACAUGGUUUCACUGGGAACUUUAAAAAGGUUGCUAAAGGUUAUAGUCCUUGAGAUGGAAGGGACUUUACCAACAGCUUCAUCUUAAAGAGAAAGAAACAGAGAUUGUUCACCAAUCACAUAGUAAGAAAGAGAGCUGGAACCCAGUCUUCUUUUGGCUAGGCAGCUAGGUGGUGGAAUAGAUAAUAGAGUGCUUGGCUUGGAGUCAGAAAGACCUGAAU